AUGUGCAUCUACUGGACAUGCAAGUAUACAUUGUGCGGCUGUAUAUGGGACAUGGACCCAUCAAAAUGCCAAGACAAGCGGCUCUGCUGGGCUCCGAGAAUGAUAACGCUCGAAUCCCACACAGCGACAUGCGCAGACUGCUGGGCGAGAGGGGAUAAGCGGGUUUACGAACCACAAACAUGUGACGAAGCUGACAGAGACGGAGAAGCACCUGAAAUGGCGACAUUGGAUUGCGAUAGCGACCCAGCUGAGACUGACAAUAUUUCCGACGAUGACGAGGACUAUCUCUCAGCUGAAGAGUCCGUGUCGCCAUCUACAUACUCGCGACCUGUGACCCCGCAACUAUACUAUGAGAUACAUUCGCCGUCGUGUCCUGUAUCUGAGGAUAACCAUUUCGAUUUGACCAGGACCUGUGACCCGGUGGAUCUUGCGUCGAUGGGGAGGGACUAUCGAGCAAGGCGCCACAGGACAACACCAUUCCAGUGCUUGUCGGAUGGUGCGGAUUCUUUUGUUUCUUGUGAGGAGUAUCUCGAUGAAGAAAACCCCGACGAGGAAAGUUUCAGCUCUGGGAAUGAAGAAGAAGAAGAUCUUUACUAUAGUAUUAUGGGUCCCUCUGUUAGGCCUAAAGGCCUGAUCAAAAGCUUGGAGGACCGAUCAUUGCUGUUUUAUAGCUCAGCGCAGGAGUAUUAUCCCACAAAAGAGUAG